GUCCACACUGAUCGCACACUGCCACGUUCCGCCUUUUUCUGCGAAAUCUAAGACUCUGGAAUCUGCCUUAUUCCUGAAGCACGACGACGUGAUAGUUACAAGAAGCAUUAGCGAUGGGAGUGGAACGACCACAUCGUCCAGAAAAUUAAACCUCCUACUUAUUCUGGUGUUGUAAUUUGCUGAGUCGUUCGUCGUUAUGGAUAGGAAUGGGAUUCGAGAGUCCUUGCUUCCAGGGCUCGUAGAUCCUUCACCUCAAAAAAAGACAAAGAAUGUUCCAAAGAGUAGAGGAUUUCGCCGUUGUAAAAGUGCUCCUCUUGCUGAGCAUGCACCUCUAGGGGCAAACCGCAUUGACUCAGUUCAACGCUCUGAAUCUAUUAUACACCCGAGUUUUGUUAAAGUAGCUAUAUUCUUGACUGUCUACGUAGGAUUGGGAACUAUAUGCUUCUACCUCGUCAGGCACCAGAUCGAGGGAGUGAAGACAAAUGGAAUUCUUGAUGCUGUUUAUUUCUGUAUUGUGACAAUGACUACUCUCGGAUAUGGAGACCUAGUGCCUGACAGCACUCUAGCGAAACUACUGGCCUGUGCUUUUGGCUUCACAGGAAUGGCUCUCGUUGGAUUGAUCUUGACCAAAGCAGCAGACUAUUUGGUAGAGAAACAAGAAAUAUUGCUUAUGAAAGCCUUGCAUGUGCAUCCGAAAUUUGGUCAAACUGACGUCCUUAAAGAAGUUGAGACUAAUAAUAUGAGGUACAAAUGUAUUACAGUCUUCAUCCUUCUUUUGGUACUUAUGAUUUCUGGCACGAUCUUCCUAGCUACUGUUGAGAAAUUGGACCUUGUGGAUGCAUUUUAUUGCGUUUGUUCCACUAUCACAACCCUGGGAUAUGGAGAUAAGAGCUUCUCAACUGAAGCUGGGCGUGUUUUUGCGGUUUUCUGGAUAUUGACAAGUACUAUCUGUUUAGCUCAGUUUUUGCUCUACAUUGCCGAGCUAAACACCCAGCAUAAACAAAGGGCACUGGUUAAAUUUGUUCUCACUCGUGCGAUGACCAACGUAGAUUUGGAGGCAGCCGAUCUUGAUGAUGAUGGGGUUGUUGGGGCUGCUGAGUUUGUCAUAUAUAAACUCAAAGAGAUGGGGAAGAUUAAUCAAGAAGAUAUUAGACUUGUAAUGGAGGAGUUUGAUGCUCUUGAUGUUGAUCAGUCUGGAGCCUUGUCGGUUUCAGAUCUAACACUUGCUCAAUCACCUCCUCCAUAAAGCUAACUCUGGCCUGAUGCUCUGAUGUUUCACUUGUACCUACUAGAAGCAGAGUAGCCAUACAGCAAGAAAAGUGAUAAUGGGUGGUGUGAGGUGGCAAGUUGGGAUGAUACUUCACUCCGAGUUUGGCAGGACCCUCUCAGUCGCCGUCGUCUAAUCCUACAUUAGGUUUGCAGUCUGAUCGGUGAGUAAGUUCACUGAUUUCUCCUGUUUCUGGUGAAUGGGAUUUGCAGUGCCUAGAUUCUCUUUUUCCGCCUUGAUGAGGUGUAAAUGAUUGCUUAUAUUCUUCUGAUUGUUUAGAUUCCUCCAUAUAUAGUGAUUGGACACUUUGAUAGUAAGGGUAUCUUUUUCAUCAAGAAUGCUUACAGCUUAGCUUUCAGUGA